GGCCCACGCUACCUUGCCCUACCGCAGUCUUUGCCGGCCGCCGACGCCGCGCCGCGCCCAUUUGUCCUCGCCGGCUCGCCGCUCGCCGAACCCGUAGCAAGCCCCCGGGCUCAAGCCUCUCACCGUCGACGCCACCCUCUCCCUUGGCGCCGCACGCUCCCAUCCCAGCUCCCCGCCACCUCCCCCAUCUGCUACCGCCCCCCGAUGUCGUUCCGAGGCCGUGGAAGAGGGGGCCGCGGGAGAGGGGGAGGGUUCGGGUACGACCACCCGGCCAAGCACGUGCCGCACGAGGACUUCCCGGACAUCACCCUGCCGGAGUUGUGCGCCAAGCCGAGCAACGAGGAGAAGGCGCUGUUAGUGUCCACGUUGAAGCUCGAGGAGUUCUGGAGGACUUCCUGCUACCACCUAGAGGAGGAUGCUCCCAAGAAAAAGAAUGAGGACAAAGAGAUUGAAAGAUUUUCUGAUAGGAAACGCAAGACACAUAACAAACGUGAAGCUCUUGCAUCAUAUCUCAAAUUAACCGCUUCGAAUUUCCCUGCUGAACUGGUACAAGGUUCUAGAAGGGGUCAAGUAAGCAACAAGAAACUCCGCUGGGAUAAAGAUUCAGGUGAGCAUGCUUUUGAAGUGUUUGAGAAGCUUGAAGAGAAACACAAGGAUGGAAGCAAGGUGGAAAAGGAAGGCGAUGACGAGGAGGAGGAAGAGGAAGAAGCACAAGAGGAGGAAGAAAUUUCAGAUGAUGACUACAAUCAGAAUAUUGAGUUUGAUGACGACGACGAUGAUUGGAACCAAGAGGAAGAAGCACAUGAAGAUUACUACGAUUAAGUACGGAUGGCCAGAUUUUUUUUCUUUCUUUUCUUUUCAUUUGCAACUCAUCUAGCAAAUUUGUUGGGAGUAGUACCUACCUAGGCUAUUGUAGAGCAAUAUUUGUGCUGUUUUUUUUCAAAAUGGUACAUACUUUGUCAGAAACUCAGACCUAUCAGAAUAGCGAGAUACACCGUUGCCAAUUUUUGUCUUGCA